CCCACAUGAUACUGGAGUGUACUGGUGUGAGUCCAGAGAGGGAGCAGCCAGCAGCAGCAUCAACCUCACUGUCUCUGGUGGAUCAGUGAUCCUGCAGAGUCCUGUCCUCCCUGUGAUGGAGGGAGAUGACGUCACUCUGAGCUGUCAAACAAAGACUCCCUCCAACCUCCAAGCUGCUUUCAUUAAAGAUGGCUCCCUCAUCAGGACUGAGCCUGCAGGUCACAUGACCCUCCACCAUGUGACCAGCUCUGAUGAAGGUCUCUACAAGUGUUUCAUCAGUGGUGAUGGAGAGUCUCCAUCCAGCUGGAUCUCUGUCUCAGAGAAACCUUCCACCACUGGACCAACCACAUACCUCUCUCCUCCUUCUUCUUCUUCUUCUCCUCCACCUUCUUCUUCUCCUUCCUUCCUUCAACCUCUACACUAUGUGCUCUUGUCUCUUGCAUUGGUCAUUAUUGUGGUUCUGCUGCUGGUUCUGGUUCUGAUGGUGAGACGACAUGUUAGGAGAAAGUCUGAAGGUGGUCCAGAAGGUGGAGAGGACAGCAUUACUUACAGUGACGUCAACAUCUCCCAUCAUCAGCGACAGAAAACCAAGUCCAACAAAGAAAGUGACCAGACUCCAGUCUACUCGGCAGUGAGAACGAAGGAUGUCAGCUAUGGAGAGAUCAACAUCAGAACCAAGAAGAAGAAGUCAAAGAGUCCAGGAAGUGACCCGUGUGCUGUAUACUCAGCUGUUAAGACAAAUGAUGGUAAUUAUGGAAAGAAUAUCAUCAGAGAAAACAGGAAAAGAGAACCCUUACCAGACCCAGAUGAUGUCUAUUCUUCACUGUAGUCUGGAUGAUGUCCACCAGCCUGCUCUCACCUCGUUCCCCCAGAAUCAAACAUCAGUUUACAUCUAAAGAUUUUUUUGUGAAUGUUUGUGUGUCAUACUUUUUUAUUUUUAAAUGCCAGCAAGGUUCUAUUCAGAACUUUCUAAUCAACAACAUUAAAUAUGUCCAAGUAGUUUUAUUGCUACAUAAAGUGACAUGAAUGUAUUUCCAUGGUACAAAGAGACUUUCUUUGCUGUCAGUAAAUUCAUGGAUUGUUUUUUUUUUUUUAAACUUGUAGUAAAUGUUUCAUGCAGCAGCAGAUUAGUUACAGAGUUUUUUCUUUUUGUUUUUACAUGUGGUUCUGGAGGCUUGAACAGUUAGAGGUAGAAAAUAUAACUUCCUGUUCUAAACCGAUGCAAAAUUUUCUUCAGAAAAGCUCCAAGAAACUGAGCCACUGAGUGACAGAAACUGUUAAACCAGAGCUGUUACAUUUAUGUUUCAUUUAUGUUUUUAUUCAUAUAUGCUUUCAUAAUCAUGCUAACAAAUGAAGAGAUAUUAUUCAGGG